AGUGAAUCAGAUGGAGAUUUUGUUAUUGGAGGUGUUUUCUCUAUUCAUUACCAGCAUCACACAAUGAUUUAUAAUUACACCACCAAGCCUGAGCCUCCAAGGUGCACAGGGAGCUUCAAUGCCCGGAGUCUGCGCUUUGCACGUGCUAUGGUCUUUGCCAUUGACGAGAUAAACAACAGCACAGAGCUGCUGCCUGGCAUCAAAUUGGGAUAUCGGAUCUAUGAUACAUGUGUCUCGGUGCCUGUGUCAGUGGAUGUCGCGUUUCAGCUAUCAAACAGCCAGGAUCCUGUGUUUUACAAAGGCAGUCACUGUUCACAGUCUGGAGUGGUGAUGGCCGCUGUGGGAGACUCUUCAUCCACUCCAUCCAUCACCAUAUCGCGCAUCAUUGGGCCGUUUAACAUCCCUCUGGUGAGCCACUUUGCCACUUGUGCCUGCCUUUCAGACAAACAACAAUUCCCAACUUUUUUCAGAACAAUUCCCAGUGAUCAUUUCCAAGCUGACGCACUGGCUAAGCUUGUGAAAUACUUUGGAUGGACUUGGAUAGGUGCUGUCCACUCAGACUCAGAUUAUGGAAAUAAUGGCAUGGCAUCUUUUCUUGAAGCAGCAAUGAGAGAGGGGAUAUGUGUGGAGUACGUUGAAUCCUUCUUUAGAACCGACCCAGAGAGCAAGAUCCAAAAAGUCUCUGAUGUUAUUCGUAGUUCAACAGCGGUGGUUGUUGUAGCGUUUACAGCUAUUGGAGACAUGAAAGUCUUGUUAGAAGAGCUUGCUAGGGACCCUCCUCCACCACGUCAAUGGAUAGCAAGCGAGGCCUGGGCAGCUGACCCAUACUUGAUGAGGUUCAGUUUCUGUGCAGGGGCCAUUGGAGUAGCCAUUCAGCAGUCUGUCAUUCCAGGUCUAAGAGACUUCCUACUGGAUCUCUCUCCCUCUGAAGUGGCUACCUCCACAGUGCUGACUGAGUUCUGGGAGGAUGCAUUCAACUCUACUGAUCCAGAAAAGAGACUAUGUGAUGGAACUGAAGAUAUUAAAACCCUUAAAAGCCCAUAUACUGAAACAUCACAGUUGCGGAUCACAAACAUGGUGUACAAGGCUGCGUAUGCAAUAGCACAUGCAAUCCAAAAUGCAGUGUGUGACAAAACAAAUGUGACAAUGCAAUGUGACAAACACAUCAGACUGGAGCCCAAACAGAUUUUUAGAGAAUUAAAGGAUGUAAACUUCUCCAAGAAUGGCUACCAUGUGUCAUUUGAUGUGAAUGGGGAUCCUGUGGCUUUUUAUGAAUUGGUGAACUGGCAGAAGAGUGAUAGCGGAGUUAUUGAACUGGUAACAGUGGGGUACUAUGAUGCAUCACUGCCAAAGGGCAGGGAGUUUCGUAUCAACAAGAACUUGACCUGGUUGAAUGGUGGCUCAGAAGUUCCAGUGUCAGUAUGCUCUGAGAGUUGUCCUCCAGGAACUCGUAAAGUGUUGCAGAAACGAAAACCCAUCUGCUGCUAUGAUUGCAUACCAUGCCCUGAAGGAGAGAUCAGUAAUAUGACAGAUUCUUCUGAUUGCUUCCCAUGCGGCAAAGAGUUUUGGCCAAAUCCAAAGAAAGAUGCUUGUUUCCCCAAACCUGUGGAGUUUCUUUCUUUUGCAGAAGGCCUUGCAAUCAUCCUGGCUGCGUUAUCUGUUAGUGGGGUCUGUCUGACCAUCAUUACAGCAGUGGUUUUCUUCUAUCACAGGACAACUCCAAUUGUCAGAGCAAAUAACUCUGAGCUGAGCUUCCUGCUACUCUUCUCUCUGAUCCUGUGUUUCUUAUGUUCAUUAACUUUCAUCGGAGCACCUUCUGAUUGGUCCUGCAUGCUGCGGCACACAGCUUUUGGCAUCACCUUUGUUCUCUGCAUCUCCUGUGUUCUUGGGAAAACUAUAGUAGUUUUAAUGGCCUUUAAAGCUACACUUCCAGGUAGCAAUGCCAUGAAAUGGUUUGGUCCUCCACAGCAAAGAAUGACUGUGGUGUGUCUCACUUUAAUUCAAGUCAUUAUAUGUACUGUGUGGAUAGUUCUGUGUCCUCCUUUCCCAGUGAAAAAUCUAACCACAUACAAGGAGAAGAUCAUCCUGGAAUGUGCAUUAGGCUCUGCUGUUGGCUUCUGGGCUGUGCUCGGCUACAUCGGCCUGUUGGCUGUGUUUUGCUUUGCAUUAGCUGUUCUCGCUCGGAAACUACCUGAUAAUUUUAAUGAAGCCAAGAUGAUAACCUUCAGUAUGUUGAUAUUCUGUGCAGUUUGGAUUACUUUCAUCCCAGCAUAUGUCAGCUCUCCAGGAAAAUUUACUGUAGCUGUGGAGAUAUUUGCCAUUCUGGCCUCCAGUUUUGGACUGAUGCUGUGUAUAUUUGCCCCAAAGUGUUUCAUCCUUUUGUUUCAGCCAGAGAAGAAUACCAAAAAAUAUUUAAUGAACAAAUAG